CUACAUUGUUUACACAUUGGCAGUACGUUUACACUGCGUUUCUCCGCGGACGUUGGUUCACGAUCACGAAAAGGAUUAGCAUCUUUCGCCUGUUUAUAUUGAAUUGCCGUAUUUGACAAUGCCUUCCGACAUGAACUCCAUAUUUGCCGCAUUCCAAGAUCAUAUUAAUGUGGAACAAGAUCUUAGAGAAGAAAUUCGCCAAGUGAACAAGGACAUUGACCAAAAAACCCGUGAAAUCCAAACAACGUUACAAAUUAUUCAUCAUGAAGGGGGUCUUCUAAAGAGUUUUGAAUCAGUUCCAGAAUGUUGUUCUCUGGCCAGAAAAUUAUUUCUUGAUGUGAAAUCUGGCUUUUCAAAACUGUCUUCAAUUGUGCCUGACAAUGAGUACUAUCGUUUCCAUGAUCAUUGGCGCUUUAGUAUCCAACGCUUGGCAUUCCUUGGAGCUCUUACAAUAUACCUUGAAAGUGGUCAAAUGGCAAUGAUAGAGGAAGUUGCUCAGCUGCUGGGAGUCACCACAAAGCGUGAAGAAGGCUUUCAUAUUGAUCUUGAAGAUUACUUAAUGGGUCUCCUUCAGCUUGCCUCAGAACUGGCAAGAUUUGCUGUGAACAGUGUCACAAAUGGAGACUACAAGCGCCCAUUACAUGUUUCUCAGUUUGUUGCUGAGUUAAAUUCUGGCUUUCGCCUCUUGAAUCUGAAAAAUGAUGGACUUCGAAAAAGAUUUGAUGCUCUGAAGUAUGAUGUCAAAAAGAUUGAAGAGGUUGUGUAUGAUUUGUCUAUCAGAGGUCUCAAACCGGAAGAGAAGCCAGAACAAUCAGCUUCUACAUGAGUUUACUAAAAUUGGUUUUAAUGAAAAAUAUCUUCUGCUUUAUAAGGGUAACUUCAGUCUGCCCUUGCUACAAAUAACAAUUGUAGUGUUUUGAGAUUAUAUUCGUAAUGUCUGGUUCUGUGCUUCAGUUUUUCUGUCAUGAAUGUUAAACAAUUUUUCUUGACAAACUUUGUUCUCUUUUUCUUUUUUUUUUGUGGCAGUUAUUUGGCUUUUUCCGAUUCUACUUCUUAUUUGCGCGCUAUUGCAUUCGUUUUCAAUAAAACUUUUGUACUUUUCAUAA